AUGUUCAACACGGUUUUCGAAGAAUAUUGUGAUUUCAACGACAGCAUAUGCAGUAACGAUUCCGGCUUCGACAGGUCUUACACGGGCUCUCUUGCGACCCCUACUUCUGCGAGCAGCACUCCAUUGAAGCAUGACACUUCAGACCUUGGCGUAUCUCUAACUCCGACAAAAGAUAUAAAUGUAAGAAGGAGACUAUUUCAUGAUGAAUAUGAUUAUAGCUUUCAAGAACCAAUUGAGGAAAUAAAAAAAUUCGAUGAGAGUAUUCAAGUAGGUGACAACACGUCAACGCCUGUUAAAUCUAAAGAAAAGAAACCUAAAGAUCCGAACAAGCCCAAAAGAAAAUAUGCCAAUGGUAAGAAUAGAGUCACGAGAUGCAAAAGUCCGACGCAAAUAAUGCGAAUCAAAAGAAAUAGAAGAAUGAAAGCAAAUGACAGGGAACGAAAUAGAAUGCACAUGUUAAACGAGGCUUUAGAUAGACUGAGAUGUGUUUUACCGACUUUUCCCGAAGAUACAAAGUUGACUAAGAUAGAGACAUUAAGAUUUGCUCACAAUUAUAUAUUUGCUCUUAGUCAGACGUUAGAAUCAUUAGAUAAUAUUAACUCUGGACAAAUACCUUCAGAAGGCUUUUCUCUAAACUAUGAAAAAAUACAAAAUUAUUCAAUUGCUGGAGAGAAAAUUAAUAAAGAUGCAUUUAGAGAGAUAUUUUUAUUACCUAAUAAGACUGAAGAAUACAACCCUGAUGGCAGCUACAGGAGUUUUCAGGGGUUCAGUAAACCUUUCCCGAAUGGGUCAAAUUUCUUACAAACUUCUGAAGGCGUAUUGAUUAAUGUUGGAAAUGUUACUGUAUCCGUUAAUAAUAAAGGUGGUAAUUGCAUUACAUCAACUACAGGAAGUGGGUUCUUCACGAACCCGUCUAGUUUUGGUGAUGAUAUGUUCCAACAAAACUAUUAUAAUCAGAAACCUUACGGACCGUGUAGCAACUACAAUGACUCCAUCUACGAUUCAAGUGUACGGAACGAGCCGGAAGAGUAUUUUAAUGAGAAGAACUAUGAAAUUUUCAAGAAUGCUUUUGAAACUGCAAAGAACAAAAAACCUCAAAAGACUGAAGAACAUUCCGCACAAUACGGCAACUAUACCAAUUUCUAUGGAUAUAGUGACAAGUAUUGCUACGGCAAUGAAAGCAAUUAUACACAAAAUCAUUAUUAUAUCAACGAACAGAGAUAUCGAAAUUUUUAUAGAAACAAUGUUGUGAAUACUCAAAUUUGA